AUGUCACUUAAAGAGCGUUUUGCAACACAACAAAUGAAGAUUAUAUUCCAGGGGUUAGCUGGACUUCAAGCACUCAAGACAGUACCAAACAAAAAAGCACUCAAAGAACAGCCACCGAAUAUUAUAGUGGCAGGGAGUAAGGAAGACCUACCACCACCUCAAGAGUAUUAUCCAUCAAAUGAAAACAUGAAAUCUAAUUAUAACAUCUACGUCGUGUUCGUUGAUAGUACCACAAAUGAACUUGGCAAAGACGACAUUGAUUAUCUCACAAACUACAUUAAAUUUAUUGUACCCGCACUUGAAGAUCCAGAAGAUUAUCAAUUCGGAGAAUUUGAAUUCGCACAUUUUUUUGGUGCAGAAUUUGGUUGCACUUUUUUUUAUAACACCAACAAAUCCAACACCCAUUACCAUCCAGAAAUUGAAAAGGAAUUUGAAGGAAUGUGUCUCAACUUUGCUAUUGGUGAUAUCAAUGAAGAGAGUGUCAGUCGAAUAAUUCAAAAGACGAUCACUGCCAAAUGA